GUGACAAUUUUUUUAAGUUAAGUGGAAACAUUUCAUUUAAAAAAGAAUACUUUAGUUUAAAAAAUGCAUACAUCCAGCGUACGUACUUUUAUAAAAUUCUACAAAACCAAGUCUAUUUUGAGUAAGGAAAUUUUACAAAUAGUUCAAACAAAUUUUAUAAGUACUAACUCCCAAGACAAAGCUAUUUUCUAUCCUACUACUUCAAAGCCAGUUAUUGAAGGAAAGCCUUUGUCACGAAUACAUGAAUUGAUUCAAGAAUUUUAUCGAGAUGAGGCAGUAGGUGGUGUUGUACCUACUUUUAAAAAGUCUCUUGUAUAUGCGGAUAAAAUUGCAAUUGAAGAUGAACUUGGAGAGCACAGUUAUGCCAAGUUAUAUGGAGCUAGCAAGACACUAUCAAUAAAGUUAUCUUCUAUAUGUGGAAGUGGCUCUGAAACACGAAUUGCUUUGCUUUGUGAAAAUAAUUUUAACUACAUUGUGGCACAAUGGGCUUGUUGGAUUAGUGGUCUCAUAGCCGUACCCCUCAGUGACAAAAGCCCACUUUCUCUUAUGGAAUACUUUGUGAAAGAUUCAGAAGCUGAUAUUUUGGUUGGAACACCAAAAUAUGAAUCUAUACUAACAAGUUUAUCAAAAAAAUUAAACAAAGAAGUUAUAAUAAUAGAGCCCAAUUAUCUUAUUGAAUGUAGAAAUCAAGGUUUGUUAGAUAAACAAGCAGAAAAUGUAUUAAAAUUUGGAGAUAAAAUUAUAGUAGAAGGUUGUCAAUUUGGAAACUUUUAUAAAAGAGCUAAUGCUUUAAUAUUGUACACAAGUGGGUCUACAGGACCUCCAAAAGGUGUUGUUAUCACAUAUAAAAAUAUUCAAUCACAAAUCAAUUGCCUUACAAGAGCUUGGAAAUGGCAUCCAACGGACACAAUACUACACACACUUCCUUUAAAUCAUAUACAUGGUAUUGUGAAUGCUUUAUUAUGUCCUCUUGAUGUAGGAGCAAAAGUAAUUAUGCGUCCAAAAUUUGAUUCUGAAGAAGUUUUGCAGUAUUUAUCUGGUGAAAAACCAUCGAAGCCAAAUAUUUUCAUGGGUGUACCAACUAUGUAUACUAAACUAAUAGAAAGCAACUCCAAGAAAUAUAAGAAUAAUAUAGACAAAAAAUUCAAAGAUUAUUGUAUGAAAAAUAUUAGGCUUAUGGUCUCAGGAUCAGCUCCUCUGACACCAAACGUAUUUAAUAAUUGGUAUAGACUUACAGGACAUAAAUUACUUGAAAGAUAUGGAAUGACUGAAAUUGGAAUGGCAUUAAGCAAUCCUUAUAUUGAAAAUGAAAAGUAUAAAAGAGAAAUAGGAACUGUUGGAUACCCUCUGCCUGGUGUUGAAAUAAAAUUGGUUAAUUUCCAAAAUGAUGAAAUGAACACAUUGGUUCAUGUAAAAGGCAAAGUUAAUGAAGGACCUUGGUCUGACUCAGGUUCAGGUGACUUUCUACAUUUAUUCAAUAGAGAGGACGGUGAGAGUGCUUCAGAAGCACUUCUGAAAAACAUUAGCUCAUCUAAACCAGUUGAACGACCAUCUAUAGAUGAUAUGAUUGAGGAUGAAGAAAGAGUCAUAGAUGUUGAUUCACCUUUUGAUCCAUUAAUACCAAAAGAACCUGUUGUUGGUGAAAUAAUCAUACAGGGUCCUACAGUUUUUAAACAAUACUACAACAAAGUUGAUGAAACAUACAACGAAUUUGUUGAUAUAGAUUGGUUUAAAACAGGAGAUACAGCUUUGUAUGAUAAAGGAAUCUUCAAAAUACAAGGAAGAACUAGUGUUGAUAUAAUAAAGAGUGGUGGAUACAAAAUUUCUGCUCUUGAUGUAGAAAAUUGUUUAAUAGAGCAUCCUAAUAUCGUUGAUUGCGCAGUUAUCGGUUUACCUGAUGAAAAAUGGGGUGAAAAAGUUGUCUCUUUAGUUGUAAUUGAUAAAGGCAAAGAAUUUGGACAAAGUGAUAUGGACAAAUGGGCUUUAGAAAGGCUACCAAAAUACUCUAUUCCUAAACAAGUUAUAAAAUUAAAUGAAAUUCCUAGAAAUGCAAUGGGCAAAAUAAACAAAAAAGAAUUAAUAAAAUUAUAUGUAAAUAAAGUGUAA